AGACAGCAAGUCAGGUCAUCGAAGAGAAAUAUUUCUUUAUCUAAUCUUAUCUCAAUGUCAACCCCGCAUUUCACUGCGGAGGUCAGGCCUCAUUGCAAUUCCAUCGACCACUUUUCUGCGUCUGCAUCAAUUCUCUUCCCUGCACUCGACAUGGCCUUAAGACUGUUGAGCGACUUGCGGAGCUUGGAGAUGUCGUAGGUUGGCUCGCACAUGCGACCAGCCCUCUCACGCCUUAAACCAAACCUACUGAGACCUUGCGGUCCCACAAUGUUCCCUUCUCGCGUGUGCGCUCCCCUCCGCGCAGCGCCAGAGACAGAGGACAUCUUCGAGUCCGCACUUUCAAACCUCUUUACCGACGAUACACAAAACAGCCACGGUACGCCCGGUCAGAGCGUAGUAUACGACUCUCCCGGCUUCGGCAAGAUCCCAUUGCGCAUUCCAUCGCAUCCCGACGUCGAAGAAGGCAGAAAAUUGUUUGCGCAUUACCUGUGGAAUGCAGGUGUCAUUGCCGCGGAUGCCAUCGAGUGCGCCAGUAGCCAGGAUGCAACAACACAUAGCCCAGUGGAUUGGGACAGCCGAUACUGGGAUGUAAGAGGGAAAAGACUGCUCGAGUUGGGUGCUGGAACCGCUCUGCCAUCCUUAAUAUCUGCGCUGUCUGGCGCUGCGAACGUGACUAUCACGGACCAUCCUUCAUCUCCUGCCCUGACAAUGGGUGCGAUCGAGCAGAACGUCAGAGAAAACGUUCUAGAGAGAACAGGGUCGGAUCACACCAGUUCGAAAUCUGUCGUUAAUGUCUUCGGAUACACGUGGGGAACAACCAAGAUGUAUCUGCCAAACCACUAUGGCAAGCUGGCGCCCGAGCAGCCGGAGACGUUCGACCGAAUCAUCAUCGCAGACUGUCUGUGGAUGCCUUCCCAGCACGUCAACCUGGUCAAGACGAUAUUACACUACCUCGACUCCUCGCAGGAAAAUGCUUGCGCAUUCGUUCUUGCAGGCUUUCAUACCGGACGAGCAAUAGUGAGAGGCUUUUUUCAAAUCGCGACUGGGGAGUGGACGCAAGAAGACCAGGCGGGCGAUGAAGACGAAGACGAGGAUGAAGAACUUCGAGCAGUCCAGGGUCGACUGAAAGCCGCAAGUGUUUUCGAAAUCGACGCCAAUGGUGUUUGCCGACCAUGGCUCCCGAUUCGGUCAGGUGAGGAUAAGCAGCAAGCCAAAAGGUGGACUGUAUGUGCGGUACUUGUGAAGAGGUGAUGUUGUCCGAACCCGUCAUGGUGAAUGCAUGCUGUGCAGUGACUUUUUAGUGUCUGUCCAAGAAGUAUCUGAGCGAUCGUGACCGCCCCGCUUUGUCGACGUGAAUGCUCAUUAAUAUACACAUACUCCUGAGUCGAUUUGCGGCUCCUUUCGCCCAGAUUCCUUCUCGUGUCGUGGCAAUACAAUCA